GCAUUAGCCACAAGCGAACUCGCCGCCGUCGCCGCCCUGCACCGGCCAGGCGCGAAGUCUCCAGCAAAAUAAAAAAAAACAAAAGAAAAAGAAAAAGAGAGGAAAAAAAAAGUCUCCAGCUACUUGCUUUGCUUUACUCUCUCAUCAACUUUUUUUUUUCUUCUUCUUCUUCUUCAUUCCAAAACCACCUCGCGUGGCCUCCUCCGUCCCCUCGCCGGCAGUAGCCUCCUCCUCCGUUCAUCCACCACAGGCGACCGCCCGGCCGCCAGCCUGCCGCCUCGAAGCCUAGGAGGUUCUCUCGUGCGCGCCCCCCCUCCGCUCCGCCGGUUCGUUCUGGUGGAGUGGACUUGGCGUGGCGGUGGAGUGGGGGGAUCCAUCGGGGGCUUGCAGUGAUUCCCUUCUUCCUUCGGCUUUCCUAGCGCCUCCGCCGGCCUAGCCGACCGCCUCGAGAGCCGCCGCACACCUCCGCUUCGCGCCGCCGGCCCCCGCAAGGAGCCCCCGCACCGCCGACCUCGGGAACCCGCCGCCUCGCGCACCUGGGUGUUAGGAUUGGAGUACUUCAAAUGACAAGGGUCAUCCAUGACUCUGGAGAAGGCAUGCAGAAGGAGGCACUUGCUAUGGUAUCUUCUGAUGUUAACUUCCCCAAGGGCCAUUUUCCAGACUACAAGAUUGGGCCAAACAACCAAAUCAUUGAUCCAGAAGAGAUACAUGAGGCUGUACCUUUGAAGGAGAUCGUUGCGAAGGAAACAGCACAGCUGCUAGAGCAGCGAAGGCGGCUUUCAGUGCGUGACCUGAAGGAGAAGUUUGAGAAGGGUCUAUCAGGUGCCUCAAAACUGUCUGAAGAGGCUAAGCGCCGAGAAGCAGCUUCGUUGGACAGGCAGGUUCUUCUGAAGAAGCUUAGAGAUGUUUUAGACACUCUGAAAGGCCGUGUGGCUGGUAGAAAUAGAGACGAUGCUGAUGAAGCUAUUUCACUGGUGGAAGCAUUAGCAGUCCAGCUGACCCAAAGAGAAGGGGAGUUAAUAUAUGAAAAGGCUGAAGUAAAGAAGUUAGCUAGCUUCCUCAAGCAGGCUACUGAAGAUGCCCGGAAGGUGGCAGAGGAGGAAAGGGCUCUUGCAUUAGCGGAAAUUGAGAAGGCCAGAACUGCAAUUGCUAUAGUCGAGAAAGGAUUGCAGGAGCAUGAUGCAGCAUCAAGUAGCAGGGAAAAGGAGGAGAUAGAGGGACUCAGGAAAGAGGUCCGUGAGGCUAGAAGAAUAAAAAUGCUACACCAGCCAAGCAAGGUAAUGGACAUGGAAUUUGAGCUUAAGGCACUGCGAACUCUCAUUGCAGAGAAAAAUCAGCUUUGCAAUCAGCUAAUGAAAGAGCUUGCAAUGAUCAAGAGGCUAGAAGAAGAUAGCUCUGACCUCUAUGAUCUUGAAGGUUCUGAUAUCCUUGGAUCACAGUUUUGUAUUAUCCCUCGAUUUGAUGAUGCUCCAGACAUCAGCAGCUGUCCAACUCAAUGGUACCGUGUAAUUUCUGGAGGCAAUAGAAAUCUUAUAUUGGGAGCAACAAAACCUACAUAUGCUCCAGAACCAUUUGAUGUUGGCCGACUGUUACAGGCAGAGAUAGUUUUAAAUGCAGAGAAAGUUACGAUACAAACAAUGGGACCUAUAAAUCCUGCUGCCGGACUGGAACAUUAUGUGGAGUCUCUAAUGAAAAGAGCAGAUGUGGAGUUUAAUGUGGUUGUCACCCAAAUGAAUGGGAAUGAUUACUCAUCGAACUCUGUCCAUGCAUUUCAUAUCGGAAAAAUGAGAAUAAAGCUUCGAAAAGGAUGGUCUACAAAAGCAAGAGAGUCAUACUCGACCACAAUGAAGUUGUGUGGGAGCCGUGGUGGGGGUAAUGCUGCAGCUACGGCAGUUUUCUGGCAGGCAAGGAAAGGCCUGUCCUACACCUUAGCUUUUGAAACGGACAGGGAUAGGAACGCAGCAAUCAUGCUUGCUCGUAAAUUUGCCUCAAAUUGCAAUAUUACGCUCACUGGUCCAGGUGAUGAAGUUCAUGCUGGUAGCUGAAUUUACAGUGUUCACGGUGUGACAGCAGGAGUAUACAUGUAGGCUGUGAAUUGUGUACUGUGUCAGUUUGUGUUUUCGAGAGUAGAGGUUGUACACUAGGCUUUCCUCUUUCAGCAUACAUUCUCAAGGCAAUUCUUUUUAUUUGCCUGCCAGCAGCUGUUUGUGGUGUUCGUCAAACAUGCUGUGCAAAAUGAUGAUUAUUCUUGAGCAUUAUAUCUAUUAACGUUCGAAAAGUGAUAGUUUGCUUAGAAGGAGCUUCCCUUGAAUAAUCAAGAAAUGUACAUAUAAUCACUUCCAUCUAUGGUGCGUAACUGGUCGCACGAAGUCAGUGGUGAUUGUGUUGUAUUCAAAGGAUCAACUAUUGUGUUAUCUGGCAAGUGAUUUUAAUA